AACCCACUUCCGGGGUGGGGCGUGACGCCGGCGGCGCGGAGCCUGCUGGGAAGGCGGCAUGGCCCAAUAGGCGGGGAGCGGCGGUGCUCGGCCUGCGCCUCGCGCUCCGGCGGGCGGAACUAUGGAUCCAAGCUUAUUGAGAGAGCGAGAGCUAUUCAAAAAGCGUGCCCUCUCCACACCAGCAGUAGAAAAACGUCCAGCGCCAUCUUCUGACUCCUCUUCAAAAAAGAAGAAAGCAAAGGUAGAACAAGGCACUUCCUCGAGCUCAAAACAAAGCACAGAUCACAGCAAUGGAUCAUUUAACUUGAAGGCCCUUUCGGGAGGCUCUGGCUACAAGUUUGGAGUCCUUGCGAAAAUAGUGAAUUAUAUGAAGACUCGGCACCAGCGUGGCGAUACGCAUCCCUUAACCCUAGAAGAGAUUUUGGAUGAAACGCAGCAUUUAGAUAUUGGACUCAAACAGAAACAAUGGUUAAUGAGCGAGGCUCUAGUCAACAAUCCGAAAAUAGAAGUUGUAGAUGGGAAGUAUGCUUUCAAACCCAAGUACAACUUGAAAGAUAAAAAGGCUCUGCUCAGGCUCUUGGACAAGCAUGACCAGCGAGGGCUGGGAGGAAUCCUUUUAGAAGAUAUUGAGGAAGGGCUACCCAACGCGCAGAAAGCUAUAAAGGCUUUAGGGGACCAGAUCAUCUUUGUUAAUCGUCCCGAUAAGAAGAAAAUUCUUUUCUACAAUGACAAGAGCUGUCAGUUUACUGUAGAUGAAGAUAACUGGCACCCAACCAUCCUAAAAGAGUUAUCAGAGGGAGAUCGCUACCUUGUUGCUCUUAGUUUGUGAUAACUCCAGCGUUAACUGUGAAAUUUAAUAAAAGAGCCCAUUUUAUUAAGACGUAGCAAGAGACACCUGCCAACUCUUCAUCAGGUAGCCAGUAUAAAUCCAAGGCUCUUCAUAUACAAUACAUUAUAUUUUAGCGUACCCAGCACUGAUCUGUGUUUAGGAACGAGCAAUGCAGGCGGGUUGCUAUGGAAGGGGGGAAGAGGUUUAAAAAAAACCCCUCUAAAACACCUUGAAACAAAAUGUUUAAGCCUUUUGGCUCAAUUUCCCGAUGAAGGAAGGCAUUUGAGCCUGCAGCGCCUGUAGCGAAGGGGCCGUUAGUGUGCAGUGUGUGCGCAGUUCAAGGUGGCUUUGCUUUCUUUCAUCCGCAGGUGGCAGCAUGUUCCCAUCUGAUCAGAAAGUGAUGAUUUUUUUUUUUUUUAUAUUCCUGCUGGUUUUGGUUUUUCUUUCAUGCAGAUGAUGAUGCUUUGUUCUGAGAGGGCGUAAGAAUACUUUCUCUUUUGUGAAUUUUGUGAUCUGCCUGCCUAUGCCACGACUCUUAAAACAUCCCUGGGUGGGUUCGCUUACUUAUUGCAGCUGGAACGGGUCCUUUUUUCCAACCGUUGUUAUCCUGUGAUGAAGAAAACCCAUCCUUCCCGAGCAGUUUUGCUUUACGAUUCUUUCCAGAGCACCAGAAGCAUGUCUCUUAGGGAGUCAUCGGCAGAAUUGUCUGCGUACAGGAUGAGUUAUGACACGUUUCUGCGUUAGCAGUGCUAUUUCAGCUCGUUAUCUCCGGCAGCGUUAAAACAAAGUUUCUAGAGGACUGCAAAAUAAGCCUUGAAGUGUUGUCAGACUCUUUGAUCUAGCAGCCGAUGACAGUUCAAAAUAUGUUUCUAGUUUCAUGUUUAUCCCUAGAAAUGAAGGCUCUGCGCUCCUCAGCGUGUGAUUCUGCCGUAUGACACUCACUCUCUGGUUUCGAACACAUGCGAGCUGGGAUUAAAACCCUCUAAAAGUUAGGCGUCCUCUCCCAUCGCUGUCUGAGCUCCAUUGGUAGUCAGUAGAGAAAGAGGAGCUGCCGGGGCAGUUUGGAGGUUGCUGUCUAAAGUAGGGGGAGGAGCUGCUUUCUGGUAGCGCCUAUCUCUACCCUGACUACGGUUAUUUUGAUAGCAGAACAAGCUUUUGAAAAUAAACCCCAAGGAACUGCAGCAGUAGUGCAGUACCUAUAUAUCAUGAUCUCAAGGGUACCGGAGAAGGUUUUUGCAGUAAGGAACGGCUUUUGUUUUUCCUCUUAUGCGAUUAGCCAAGAAGGGUUCAGAUUGCAUGUGUUCCUUCUUGACUUCCUGACUAAUUAAUCUUCUGUCAGUAGUGUGUAGCUGAAAGCGUUUAUAAAAGCCGGGCUAGAUUUCAGGUGCUUCAGCCAAGGAAAGCGCUGCCUUUUUGUGCUGGGGUUAAGCGCUUUGCAUGUGAACCAAGCUUUCACCCCGUGCCGGCUGACUGCUGACAGGCCAGUUUGAUUGCUUAACUGUUAGAGAUGGUAUCUGUCAUAUCUGAAUGCAAUAUAGGAAGUAUUUUAAUGCCUAAAAAUUUGGAUACUUCAUUAUACAUGUUUUUAAUAGUCUUCCUAAGCACCUUCGAAAAAAUUUAAAGAAUGGUCAAAGCCUCUUAAAUUUAAGAGCAUCAAAAUUGCUUGGGAUCAGUGAUGACAUGCAGCUCUGGCUGUGAAUUCUAAGAUGGUCCAAGGGCAGCACCGACUUAAUAUGAGACGCUUUUUCCUUCUGGUGUGGAUCUAGUACCGUGCUCCCUGGGACUGUUACGAAGCAGGAUUCCAUCUUCCCCGCUUUUCAGUUGUUUAUUCCCUUCCUCCCUGUUAUUGUCUGUUCUUGUCCUGUGCUCAGAUUCUGGCUCAGCUCAGUGAAGGUUUUUAAGCUGUUUUUAAUCUCCAGCAGAUUUUAUUACCAGCGUGAUAGAGCAGCUUAUCUCCAGAAGCCAUCUCAACUGUUUUACAAGAGCAGGUGAGGCAGUCAGAAGUGCGGGAUAAGCUGCACCGAAGUCACCGUGCAGCCAUUUACCCAUUACUUUGUUCUCCAAAUGUAAGCCUUUAUAGAAAAGGGAGCGUGUUACAGUAAAAUCACUCGGGGAAUGUCAGAGCAAAUUGGUUUUGUAUAUGAGGCACCCCGUGAUGAAGCAAAGUUGAGGUAACUGUGCAUCCUUACCCCUUGGGUAUUUCGGAGAGAGAAGGUGUUUGCAAAAUCUUUGUUACGCUGCCUCUGCUUUGCUGUGUGUUGGUUACUGCUGGUCAAAGCUCAUUGUUUUAAGUGUGUGCGUGCAGACAUCGUGAUGCUGGAGAUGUUAGCAGGCAUCGAAACUGGCCUUUUGAUGAGCUCGCGAUCUCAUUCCCUCCUCUCAUUACUUGAAAGAGCAGAAGUUAGCUAUCUGGAGGAGCAAGGGAGCAGCCCGUGAGUAGUGUUCAUUCUGUCAAGCUUCUGAGUUAAAAUAUUUUAGUGAUCAAAUUGCCAGAUAUUGUAUACAGGAUUUGUUCAUUGUCCAGGCAAGACACCAAGCACCUGCCCUCGGGUACCGGGAUCACAAUUUUCUGCUUCUUCUGGGUGAAAUCUGCAACACUGGCAUCAGGACUUAAAAGCCCCGCUGAAAAUGUGUGUGUCUCCUUGCGGGUUCACAGCACCUGUGUUGCUUUGGCCAGAAACUCUUUGGAAAAUUCUCCCCAGGGGAUUUUUUUCUGGGUUCCGUCUUGUCAUGGCAGCCUAAGCGGUAGAAGAAACUGUCGUCUUGUCUGAACGCAGCCCGCUGCGGUCAGGUGAAGCCUUACCCUCUUGGCUGCUGGACUUUUUUUUUUCCCUUCUGUAGUUGUUAUAUGCUUGUUCUGGCUGAUCUAUCAAAUAGUUUAGUGGCUCUGAUAGAAGAGUCUCUCACCUUCGCUGUGCUCUGAUGGUGUACAGGUCACCUAGCUGUUGACAGGACGUGGAGAAGGAAAAUGGGAUGUGCUCUGUAAUUGUAACGGUUACGUGCGCCGCAGGAAUGCAUGCAUCUGAACCCGUGCUCCGUGCCUGGCUGAAGCAGGCCAGCGUGUGGCGAGCUUUCUGCUCCAGCAAUCCCCUUCCCGCGCUGCACACCAGUACCGAGCUCCUUGCGCCCUGUCCACGGAGCAAAUGAAGGCAUUGUUAAAAAAAAAAAAAAAAAGGAUCCGGUAUAUUGAAACCGUCUCUAGGAACUGCUUUCUGUUGUCGUUGUCCGCUCUUCAGACACAUCAGCUCAUCACAGUGUUCUUCUUUCUGUCUUCUCCCCUCCCCAGAGACAGGCCAGCCUGCCGCAUCCUCCUGCCUGGCCGUAAGCGUGGACACUACUCCAGGGGUGGUGGAGGACAGGAAUCGGGUCGCUGCGUGCCCUUUCCUCCUCCCUGGCCCCUCUCAUGAACUGCUUUUUACAACUGGUGACCCCCUUUGUUUCUUGGAGCCACAGCAAAGGCCAGGGUGACAGUAUUUCACAUUCUCCUCAAAGAAGUUGGAGAAAUCUCUUUCUCUCUUGGGCCAAGGGUAUGAAUUUUGAGGUGCAGAAAUACCACAGCUACAAACGCGGACGGUUGUUUAUUCAGAGCUGCAGUUAUUGCUGGCUUUUCCCAUAGGCUCUCGUAUUUCAGAGAGGAUGUCACAAUAAUUCAGAUAGCGUAUUCCCAAGGUCUAAACUUUCACUAGCUGAUAGGGGCAUAGUCCUUGGAGACUUGUGAAUAAAUCUGACAGGUAAUGUGGAAAUGGUUCAGUGCCAGCCAGCCAGCUGCUUUCUUUCUUCGGUUCUUGCAUUUAGCUCAGUGUCUGGUGUUACACCGAAUUGGUUUUGUGAUGAGAUGAUGGAUGUAUCUCCUUUUCCCUUUAGAUGGUACCCUAAACGCAGACAGCUAGUAUGUCCAGCCGUCUGGAGGGUGGCAGCUCUGUAUGCUUCUCCAGCUUUUAUUUUAUGCUUUUAGUUCUGAACCAAGCCUUUAACACAGAGUAUUUCCAUGGCGGGGGGCGGGGGGGGGGGCGUGGUGGUGUGACUCCCCCCUUUCCUAGGCAAUAAGAUAUUUUAAUGCCCUGUGUGGAGCUUCAGCAUGGGAAGAAGGUUCUUUUCUAGUUACCGCAAUCAAAGCAAUAGCGCUGAAAGCAGCUUGAUUUAUGAAGGAAUUUUUAAGUGGAGUUGCAGAAUACUUUAUAGUGACUCUGGUGGGGCCAAUUAGUGCAUUAAAUUAUCUGUAUGUAAAGUCCAUUUUAGCUCUGCGGUUUUGAUUCUUGGUGACUGUUACAUUCGUAUUUCUUGGCCAGGUUUAAAAGGUGACCGUGAAGCUGUAAUGAUGGUAUAACCGCUGCAGUACAAGAAAUGCAAAACGCUGUGGUUAGAUAUUAACUGUGAUCUGCACUUUUGUGCAUGUUGAUCCUUGAAGAGCUGACCGUUUAUUUUCUAGUGUUUAAUUUUUCACUUCUGUUCCCCAGAAGAAUGUAGACUGGUUUAACCUUAAGCACCUAUUCUUAGCCUUUUUUUUUUUUUUUGUUUUGUUUUGCACUGGGGCAUAUUUGUCCAUAUAUCAUGAGCUCUAAUAAGGAGACACAUCAUCUGUGUUUGUAGCAGAACAUUAUAAAUACAAGGACACUGCCAUGUAACGAUUCAGAGUUAUCGAGUCUCUCAUCUGCUGUCGCCUCGCGUACGCGUGCCUGCCGUGCAUGUCGGAGGACUGACCUGCGGCUCUUCGUCGUCUGCGCAGGGCCAGGGGCAGCGUAGCACAACGCAACGUUAAAGUCUGUCUAACCGGAAUCCGUUUGAGAGUCAUGCGUUCACGUGCAGCCUUGUCACUUUGUGUGUGAACUGCAGAAACACACGAUUUGAAAUACGGUUACAGGGGAAGGGCGAUACUGCAUUUGCACACCCAUCAUCUGAUUCAUCUUUCCAAGCACCGCUGGGUCUCGGUGUCCAGCUGAGUCCAGCUUGGGUGUUCGGGACAGGGAGGGGACACGCACAGAAAGGAAAUGGCUUAAAGAGCACGUUCUGCUCGGUCCGGAGGAUGCGACAGGACCCUUGCGCAGGCUUCUGCUGUGAAGACUUAAUCUGAGUGCUCAUCGCUGAGAAAUUUCUCUCUUGCGUGUUCAGCUUUGAUCAUAACACAACCUUCUCCACCUGCCGCAACAGGAUUAGGUGAGAGAUGAUCUGUGAUAGCAGGCACCGCGAGCUAUGCCAAAAGCCUGGAAUUGCACUCAAAAUGGAUGAGCAGGCGGAGAACGUCCGACUACGGUGUCGGUCCUUGCCUUAAGUUAUCUGAAAACUGCAGUCUCGGUGAUCCUGCUGCGCUGUAUAGCCUGUGUGAGAAACAAGCUGAGCGCUAUCUCCGUGGAACCAAAAGUGGUGUUUUGACAGGAUUUAGUUCUCUUCAAAAACGCUGCAUUACCAAAAAUGAACAUUGUUGUUCUUCCCUGGCGAAAUUCCUUUCUUUUGUUUCCUGGAAAGCUUGAACAGCCCCUUACAGUUGGCAACGGGAAGAAAAGAAGGACCUGAGACUUAAAGCACGUACUUUCAUAGAAAAACAAGAUACAUUAGGAAGGGAGCCGGUCCAAGUGCAGGAACCAAGUCUGUUACGUACGCCUUUUGUACAGCGCCGUUUUGUUGCAGCGUGUCUGUGGCCGACCGUCACUGGAGCGUCUCAUCGCCUGCUGCAUAGGACAGCUUCUUAAGCGUGCAGAAGUUGCGGUUGUUUUGACAACUGUAUACUAAAUUUAUCUGGAAAUAAAGGGAAAAAUUUAGUCUUGCGUUGCUAUGUGUGCCUCGUGUUUUAUUUAUAGUUUGUUAGCCAAACCUGCUGACAGGAUAUAUCUAACUUACUGCCUGGGGAAUGAAGGGAGGUAGGAUUGUACCAGCCGCUGCCUGGAGAAGGCAUUCCGGAGGCUCUGCGAAACUUCACAUCAGGCAGAAAGUGUGCGGGCAGAUGGCAGCUGCUCUAAUUAAGACUUACUGUCUCUGUCUUUUUCUCCUGCUGCUGUGGCUUUUAAGGUAUCUCUCUCCUUUUUAACACCAGAGGAAUUUUAGUAAUUUAUUAUCUGUGCAGCACGGUACGUAUUAAAUUACAGUGAUAAACGAGCUUAAACCCACUGAAGUCAAUGUCUUGAAUCUUCAGUAAAUUGGACUAAGAUGACAAGUCUCCCAAGACAAUGGCAGCUGAAGAUGUGUAAAUGAAGCUGCCAUUUAUGGUUGGUUAUUACCCUUCACCAAGAUCUUUUGAACUGAGGCUUAUAAAACACAUUGACAGUCUACGCAGCUAUAGAGAUGCUAGGCAAAAAGAGAGAUUCCGUAGCAAAUUCACAUUCAAAUCACAUUGCCCGUGGGUGCUCCCGAUGCUGGAGUGCAGUUAGCACAGAUGAGAAUCAGCUCAUCUUUUUCCAUUAAGCGUUUUGUUGUUUUGUCGGUUGGGAUUUGGGGGGGGGUGGUUUGUUGGUUUGGUUUUUUUUUGGAAGUGCAUCCAGCGUUUGGUAAAGGCUGUGGUAAUUGGGUGCCUGCUGGCGGCGACCGCUGCAUCCGUACGGUCACAGGCUGACGUGCCAGAAUAUUUCAGCGUUUGAAAUUGAGUCUGUUUCUUUCCCUUCGUGCGGGGGCUUUGCCCAGGGUUUGUUCGUUAGGAUAUAAAAUGAGGUUUUCUUUGG